GCGGAGCGGAGAGACGGCCAUGGCGGCGGGUAGCGCGAUCCAGAUCCCCAGCCGCCUGCCGCUGCUGCUCACCCACGAGGGCGUCCUGCUGCCCGGCUCGACCAUGCGGACGAGCGUGGACUCGCCGCGCAACAUGCAGCUGGUGCGCAGCCGGCUGCUGAAGGGCACCUCGCUGCGCAGCACUAUCAUCGGCGUCAUCCCCAACACCAGCGACCCCACGUCCGACUGUGACGACUUGCCCUCGCUGCACAGGAUUGGCACUGCUGCUUUGGCAGUUCAGGUGGUUGGUAGCAACUGGCCCAAGCCACAUUAUACACUGCUGGUUACGGGCCUCUGCCGGUUCCAGAUACUGCAGGUGCUGAAGGAGAAGCCGUACCCUGUUGCGGAAGUUGAGCAGUUGGAUCGACUCGAGCAGUUUACAAAUCAGCAUAAGUCUGAGGAGGAGCUUGGAGAGUUGUCAGAACAGUUCUACAAAUAUGCUGUGCAGUUGGUUGAGAUGCUGGAUAUGUCUGUUCCUGCAGUUGCAAAGCUGAGACGACUUUUGGACAAUCUGCCUAGAGAAGCUUUGCCAGAUAUACUGACUUCAAUCAUCCGUACAUCCAACCAAGAGAAGCUUCAGAUUCUAGAUGCUGUUAGGCUGGAGGAAAGGUUCAAGAUGACUAUACCAUUGCUUGUUAGACAAAUUGAAGGACUGAAGCUUCUUCAGAAAACAAGAAAGCCCAAACAGGAUGAUGAUAAAAGGGUUGUAGCUAUUCGUCCUAAUAGAAGGAUCAAUCAUAUUCCAAGCACUGCAGAAGAUGAGGAGGAGGAGGAAGAUCAUGAUGAUGUUGUCAUGCUUGAGAAGAAGAUUAGAACUUCCAGUAUGUCAGAGCAAGCUCUUAAAGUGUGUCUUAAGGAAAUAAAGAGAUUAAAGAAGAUGCCUCAGUCGAUGCCAGAAUAUGCUUUAACAAGAAAUUAUUUGGAACUUAUGGUAGAAUUGCCAUGGAACAAGAGUACAAAAGAUCGCCUUGAAAUUCGUGCAGCUCGAAUUCUUCUGGAUAAUGAUCAUUAUGCUAUGGAGAAGUUGAAGAAAAGAGUUUUGGAGUACUUAGCUGUCAGGCAGCUAAAAAACAACCUCAAGGGACCCAUUCUUUGUUUUGUGGGACCCCCAGGAGUUGGCAAAACCAGCGUCGGAAGAUCAAUUGCAAAGACUUUGGGUCGAGAAUUCCACAGGAUUGCUUUAGGAGGUGUCUGUGAUCAAUCUGAUAUCCGAGGCCACAGGCGCACCUAUGUUGGGAGUAUGCCUGGCAGAAUAAUCAAUGGACUGAAGACUGUUGGGGUUAAUAAUCCAGUGUUUCUUUUAGAUGAGGUUGAUAAACUGGGGAAGAGCUUGCAGGGAGAUCCUGCAGCAGCCUUACUAGAGGUCUUGGAUCCGGAGCAAAACCACAGUUUCACUGAUCACUACUUAAAUGUAGCCUUUGAUCUGUCCCAAGUCCUUUUUAUUGCUACAGCCAAUACUACAGCAACUAUCCCACCUGCUCUGCUCGACAGGAUGGAAGUCAUUCAAGUUCCAGGGUAUACACAAGAAGAAAAAAUUGAAAUUGCUCAUAGACACUUGAUUCCUAAACAGCUUGAACAGCAUGGCCUUACUCCACAGCAGAUACAGAUUCCACAAGUAACCACUUUAGACAUAAUUACGAGGUACACUAGAGAGGCAGGAGUCCGCUCUCUGGAUCGAAAGCUGGGGGCUAUUUGCAGAGCAGUGGCAGUGAAAGUGGCAGAAGGGCAGCACAAAGAAACAAAGCCUGAUCGUUCUGAACUGGGUGAAGGAGAAGACUGCAAAGAACAUGUCACAGAAGAUGCAAAGUCAGAAUCCAUCAGUGACGCGGCUGACCUGGCUCUGCCACCUGAAAUGCCAAUUUUAAUUGAUUUCCAUGCUUUAAAAGACAUCCUGGGGCCACCCAUGUAUGAAAUGGAGGUAUCGGAACGUUUAAGUCAGCCAGGAGUAGCCAUAGGCCUGGCUUGGACACCGCUGGGAGGAGAGAUCAUGUUUGUGGAAGCCAGCCGCAUGGACGGGGAAGGCCAGCUCACUUUGACUGGUCAGCUGGGAGAUGUCAUGAAGGAGUCAGCACAUCUUGCAAUCAGCUGGUUGCGCAGCAAUGCAAAGAGAUACCAGCUCACUAAUGCUUCUGGAAGUUUUGAUCUCCUUGACAACACUGACAUCCAUCUGCACUUCCCAGCUGGAGCUGUCACAAAAGACGGACCAUCUGCUGGCGUUACCAUAGUAACCUGCCUUGCUUCCCUCUUCAGUGGGCGGCUGGUGUGCUCAGAUGUAGCCAUGACAGGAGAAAUUACACUAAGAGGCCUUGUUCUUCCAGUUGGAGGAAUUAAAGACAAAGUGCUGGCAGCACAUCGAGCUGGACUGAAGAGAAUUAUCAUUCCUCAAAGAAAUGAAAAAGAUCUUGAAGAAAUUGCACUGAACGUACGGCAAGAUUUGACUUUCGUUCUGGCAAGCUGUCUGGAUGAAGUUCUUAAUGCAGCUUUUGACGGAGGAUUUUCAGUUAAGCCCAGAGUUGAGCAUUUGAACAGCAAACUUUAAGUAGACAGGCUGAGAUUACUUCUAUAUCAAAUUUUAAUAGAGAAUAGUAACUAUCAACUGUAUAUAUAUAUCAGGUAUAAAUAUGAGCUAAGACAGAUAGUUUAAAUUUGAAUGUAAAUGUGAUCAAAAUAAAAAUAUUGCUUUAGCAGUUAACAACCCAAAACCACAUUUGCUGGGUAUGCUGCCUUUUACUACUACCAGCAAAGAAUCUUGAAAAAAAUACUUAUUUCCUGACAGUGAGAUUCAACCAUGAGUAACCUAAUGCUAAUGAGAAACAGUUCCUUACCUUAUCUGGUAUGUAGUUAUGUCAGUGUCAACAGCUGAUGACAUCUGUAAAGAGGACAAGCCCACAGCCAGGGAAUAGUAUGCAAUUUGUGUAGUCCAUGUAGUCAGAGAAUACAAAUUGCAGCAAAUGCAGCACAGAACAGCAGGAGGGGCUAAUAAUGGGGAUGUUAACCAAAAGCAAACUUAUUUUGUGCACGGAUGUUUUCUUUUUAGGAAAUAACAUUCAGGCAAUCUGCUAAGGAGUGGUGGCAUCAGGAAGAACAAGUUCUUGGAAAUUUUAAGGAAAUGCAUAGAGGAUUUAAGGAUAACAGAAGCAACAGUUCUAGUUUGUAGCAGUGUUAAUGUAGGCAUCAUUUUUUCAAACUUAAUUACAGGAAUUACUCAUUUUUGUCUAGGGAGGGUAAUAAUGCACCGAAGUUCAUGUGUGUAAAGUUGUACUUACAGCACUGGAAGUAGGUGGCACAUACUGGGAAGACUUAGGGAAAAGACUGAGCCUGGUAACAUUUGGGAGGGGAGGGACAAAGUACACCUCCUUAAUUCUUAUGUGAUACAAAACUGGGAACACCGCUGAUUCUGGGUACUUAAGUUUAGACUUUAAAUACUACAUCCAUUUAAACAGUACCAAUAAAACUACUGGAUAAUUACAUUUUAUUAGGUAGUGCACACUAGUAAUGUAAGGUUUGAGAAAGCGUUAAUAUUCCCUCUGAGUCAGUAGCUUUGUCUCUUCAGCGUUUAAGAUAGAAAUUUAACUUUAUGGAAUCUACAGUUUUUCAUUGUUUUGUGUGAGCGUAAACCACAAGAGAAAACCUGGUCUCCAGUAUUCUGUUCUUGCUCGUUAAUUCUGAAACUACUAAAGUGUCCUUAUGAAAAUGCAGAUUGUAUCAGUGACAGAAGUCUGUAAAUCAAAAUGAAUCGUUUGUUUGGCUUUAAUUUCCACUGUUGAAAAGAAAAUGUCGAUUUACCUGGAAUAUAAUGGUAAUUAUAUUAAUAAAUUCAGUGGGUAUUUUUUCACUAGAUUAUGAAAACUUUCACAGAAGACUUAACCUAAUAAAAUGAUUAAAAAAACAA